AUGCACCCAGUGAGCGCCACCCAGGACCGUGAACGCCAUGAAAACGGCCUUGAUACAUCGCCAAACGCCGUGAGUAUCCAACACCUGUCCGUCGACGGACAACAGACGCGAACACGAAUGCAAACGGACGCCAAAAACUGCGAAAACCAUCCCGAACACCAAAACGAUCAAAACGUCGGCCAAGACACCCGCGAAUGUGGGCAGCCCACCCCACCUCUAAAAUUGCCCCUCCCCUUGUCGUUGUCGAGGGAUGUGGGUGUACAGAAAACCUCGAAGCAAGAACACAGAGCCAACGCGAAGACCGCUCGCAGCUCCACCAUCGACCCACGAUACGGGAACAUCGACGGCUAG